UGAUCAUUGGCAACAAGAAAUUGAGAAAUGAAAAGGAAGAGAGUGUCUCACUGGUAGACAGGCAUCAUCAGCAAAGCAAAAGAACAAGAUAGGAGGAUGCCCUCUGCUCAAGAUCCUUUCUACGUUGUCAAGGAGGAGGUUCAGGAUUCUAUUGAUAAGUUGCAAACUACUUUUCACCAAUGGGAAAACACUUCUGAUGCUGGUGAGCGAGAGCGUCUUUCAAAGGAAGUUCUCGCUGGUUGUGAAAGUACUGAAUGGCAGGUGGAUGAAUUGGACAAAGCAAUUUCUGUAGCAUCAAGAGAUCCUUCUUGGUAUGGCAUUGAUGAAGUGGAGAUUGAAAAUCGGAGGAGGUGGACCACCAAUGCUCGCACCCAGGUGCGCACAACAAAGAAAGCGGUGGAAGCUGGAAAGGGCUCAAAUACAAGUAUAAAUGGGAUGCGCAAGGAAUUGAUGAGGCUUCCUGAUUCUCAUCAAACUACGUCCAACCAAUAUGCUGCACAAGAUAGUGAUGAUUUCAUAGACUCGGAAUCAGAUAGGCAGAUGCUUCUUAUAAAGAAACAGGAUGAGGAGUUGGAUGAGCUUACGUUAAGUGUACAGAGAAUUGGAGGUGUUGGACUCACGAUACACGAUGAGCUCGUUGCGCAGGAAAGGAUUAUAGAUGAACUGGGUAAUGAGAUGGACAGCACAACUAAUCGUCUAGAUUUUGUCCAAAAAAAAGUGGCAAUGGUCAUGAAGAAGGCUAGUGCAAAGGGUCAGUUCUUGAUGAUAUUGGGUUUGCUGGCUCUGUUCAUUUUCCUCUUCAUCUUGGUAUUUUUCACCUAGUAAUUGAGAUGGGCCCUGUUAUAGCCCUGUUUGUACAUGAAAAGAGAAGAGAUCCAAGAUUUUGAGAAGAUACAAGAUUGAUGGGCAUGUGAUAUGUCUAUUAAUCAAAUGGGUUUUGGUUUCUGAAGGCAGUAGAAAAUUCUGAUUGUGUUGAAAGGGAAGCAAUGUACUCAAAAGAAUCAUGAGAAUUUUGAUUAUGGACAAGUUUGACUACAAAUAUGAUUUGAAUUAGUUAUAUUCAUUUUUUAAA